AUGGUCGGAGCCAACACCAGUCGGCGCUUAGAAUCCGGCAACCAGACUUUGGGAACUGGCCGGUCGGGAACUUUCGCCUCUUUUGAGACAGAAUGGUCACUACUUGACCCACGACCAAGACCCGGAAAACUCACAAAGCGAAUUGGAGAGAUGGGCAUAGGAGGAGAAGCCCACGAAUAUCAACCUCGGAUGCGCGGAAGGAAAUUCAGCAGAAGCCCUUCGGUUCAGAGGUUUGGGGGAAGAUCAAGGGGAACCUUCAAGGACAAGGACAAGGGUGAAGAGAAGAUUUGGAGAGAUACUUAUGAAAUAUUUGUUGAACCAGUCGAUGCUGAUGAGGUUGAGGAUUAUUGUGAAAUCAUUAAAGAGCCUAUGGACUUCGCCACUAUGAGGGCUAAACUUCAUGAAGGAAUGUAUCAGAACCUUGAACAGUUCAAGGCUUGGGCUAUCCAUAAAUUAGCUAAGGAGGCUUUUCAUAUUCUUAGAAUCAACCCUGAAAACUUUGUAUCCGAAUUUUCGGGGACAAGAAGAAGAUCUAUGAGAAAAGUCUUGAGUUUAGCCAAGGAUUCAAGUCAAUCGAAUGUCAAAGUAAGUAAUGUACGAAGUGAAGUUUCUUCAAAGAGAAGACUGUGUUCUUCAUCACAACCGUCAGUACUGAUGAGAACCACCAAAGAAAAUCCUGGAUGUACUGGAGUUGCUGCACAUAAUGAAUCAGGAUAUUAUAAUUCUUUUGCUGGCAGUAGAGAUGGUAGAAUGUCCGGUUUUGUUGAUACCAAUUGUUGUUCCACAUAUCGACAAUGGAGGUCAUCUUUACAUAAUAAGGAUGACUCUGUUGGUUCAAACCACCGAUUCUUAUCUUCUGUGUUCUUAUUUAAAGCUGCACAAUCUCUUGAUUUCCCCUUAGCUGCACUUUUUGACUGGUUUAAUAUUGAGAUCAAAUGCCCAAUUCUUGUCUAUCACACUUUGUAUCAAUGUCUAGGAAAACUCACAAAGCGAAUUGGAGAGAUGGGCAUAGGAGGAGAAGCCCACGAAUAUCAACCUCGGAUGCACGGAAGGAAAUUCAGCAGAAGCCCUUCGGUUCAGAGGUUUGGGGGAAGAUCAAGGGGAACCUUCAAGGACAAGGACAAGGCCUGGGUAGUUACAAUUCCACUUUGGGUUGCCUUUAAGGUCAUCAUACCCUUUACUAAUUUACUGCCAAGCUCUGAUGUCAUACAGGCUUGGGCUAUCCAUAAAUUAGCUAAGGAGGUUUUUCAUAUUCUUAGAAUCAACCCUGAAAACUUUGUAUCCGAAUUUUCGGGGACAAGAAGAAGAUCUAUGAGAAAAGUCUUGAGUGUAGCCAAGGAUUCAAGUCAAUCGAAUGUCAGAGUAAGUAAUGUACGAAGUGAAGUUUCUUCAAAGAGAAGACUGUGUUCUUCAUCACAACCGUCAGUACUGAUGAGAACCACCAAAGAAAAUCCUGGAUGUACUGGAGUUGCUGCUCAUAAUGAAUCAGGAUAUUAUAAUUCUUUUACUGGCAGUAGAGAUGGUAGAAUGUCCGGUUUUGUUGAUAUCAAUUGUUGUUCCACAUAUCGACAACGGAGGUCAUCUUUACAUAAUAAGGAUGACUCUGUUGGUUCCAAACCACUGAUUCUUUGUAGAAAUGGCGGACCUGAAAGUGGACAGAAGAUACCCGUUCAAAAUCGGUAUUUGGAGCCGGCCAUAAUCAGUGGAGAAGCCCAAUGCUCCGAAGGCUGGAAGACUAGGCUGGCGGAACUGGGCUUGACGAGAAGAAAGCCAAAAAGAGGCCGAGCCGACUUGACGGAACUCGGCAGAUACGGGCGUGCGUCGACUAGGAUGAAUCGAGGAUAUAUUAGUUACAGGGAUAGCUUAAUGUCAUUCAUCAAAGAUUUGGGAUCGAUAGCUCAAAUGGUCGCAAAAUGGAAGCUCCUAGGACGACAUAAAUUUUUUUUACUUACCAUACACCAAAUACAAAUGGCUGGCUUCAGUCUCAGGAAUGUCAGGUUCCCUCAGCAUUUGCCAGUCUCCAAAGUAAAUCCGGUAGCUUUUGAUACUAUAAGCACCACUGAAUCUGGGAAAUAUCUUGGCUUUAUUCCUGGAUCUCAGCCAUUUCAUAGAACAGAUAAUAUAAUUGAUUUGACUGAUGCUGAAGAUGGAGAAGAGGCAAAUGAUAGAAACCGAAGGGAAAAUAACAGUAUCCGAGUGGAAGAAAAAACCGAAAUCUGUGCUAAAUCAGCAAUGCAAAGUGGACUGAACAUUCGUUGCAUUUCCAAACACGACAAGGUUUCUCAAACUAGGAAGAAAACUGAAAGUCGGAAGGGUUCCUGUUCGUUCAAUUCAUUUCCAAGAGAUUUGAAUUCUCCAACCUACUGGAUCAACAUGACCUGCACCAGAUCCACAACGAUUACUGUCAAUGCAGGCAAGCCAGAUGAUAAUGUACUUCCAUUAAUAUUAGCUUUAGAGAAUUCUCAUUCGGUUCUUCAGGAACUAAAGUCGAGAAACAAGAAAAGCUCAGUACCAUCAACAUGGACCUCACAAACUAGCGAACCCCGAGCCAGUUCAAUGAUGCCACUCGUACUUCAGCGCACCCAACUCUCCAGUGACGAUGAGGCUGAAACCACAUCACAUACCCUGACCUUCGAAGUGGCUGCACGAAGGCCAGGGAAGAGGAUCAGGUUGGCCUUUACGAAACAAUAG